AUGUUAAGGGUCGAUUUCCUUGAUAUGCUCACUGACAUAGUGAAACAACACUUUCAAAUCACCUACAGAACAGAGUUGCUUCAAGACCCCAAGCUGCAUGGUCCUGAAAUCCAGGCCAUGUUCACACGGAGCUGCUGCCCGACAGUUGACUCCUCCCUGCUUAGUUUGCUUCCCUCGUUGAAGGUGGUCUCCAACGGAGGGGCAGGCGUUGACCACCUGGACGUACCAUUCAUCACCGGUCAAGGGGUGAAGGUGACCAACACGCCUGGUGCGGUCAGCGGCUCUGCUGCUGAUGUGGCCAUGCUCCUGCUUCUGGCAUCGGCACGGAAGAUUGUUGAGAGUCUUAAAACGGCUGAAGUUCCUACAGCCGCCAUCUUACCAGAAAGGCUGAGAGGAGUAGAAGUCACCGGAUCCACUCUGGGAAUCAUUGGAAUGGGAGAGAUUGGUUACAAAAUAGCGCAGAGAAGCAAAGGGUUCGUCAUGACGAUCCUGUAUCACAACAGGACCAGAAGGAGUGUUGAAGAAGAACGGGUGGGUGGAGCGACGUUCUGCGAGAGCCUGGACGACCUGCUGAGGAGGUCCGACUUUGUCGUGAUAGCUGUCGGCCUGGCGCCCGACACAAGAGGCCUCAUCAGCCACAGAGAGCUGUCCCGCAUGAAACCAGGAGCAACGCUGGUCAACAUCAGCAGAGGUCAAGUGGUGGACCACGAUGCCUUAGUCAAGGCUCUCCAGUCGGGAACGAUUCGUGCAGCAGCAUUAGACGUGACUCAUCCUAAACCUUUGCCAAGGGGCCAUCCUCUCCUCGGCCUGCGCAGCGUGCUGAUCACGCCCCACAUUGGAGGAAACACUUACGCUGCAAUCAACAGAAUGUCCCAGACAAUGCUGGAAAAUGCCCUGGCUGCCGUGACCAGUUUACCAGUUCCCAAUGAAGUCAAAUCUAGACGACUAAAUUGAGGGCGUCUGAGUGAGUUGAAUCGUUGGCACCAAUGUUGUUGGAUCAUUAUUCAAGAACAUUGUUCACACAGAAUUGAUUGCUUAUCCUCGGUGUCCCGGAUGUUGCAUCUUAAUUUUUUUGACAAUGAACU